GAAGCCGGAAAGCAUCAACAGGAAGUACUUUGUUACCAUCCUCUAUCUAGUUUUCAAACCAAACACAUUUCCACAUCCUUUCCCAGGAUGUUUCUAAUGUAAGAUUAGUCUAAAUGAGACGUUCAUUUGUCACAACUGAAAUGGAGUUUUGAUAUUUAUAAAGUUGUGGUCGAGCUUUUCUUUAUCUGAACGUUGUGACAAAGAAAGUAACUAGCAUACACAUUUAGUGUCGUUGUUUAUUUUUUCGAAAGAAUAAGGUAACGUUAGCUUCCACGAUGGAUCGGGACAGAGCUAGUCCGUCCCCCUCCAACCUGCCAGAGUCCCCUGGUCACAACUCUCCUGGUAGCGCCUUACUGCUGGAUCUGAAGAGGGUGUUUGUGCAGCUGGUCGACUGCAGGAAAACAGCAGGGCAGAGUGGAACUGUGAGAGAAGGACACGAGGAGGGAGAUUUGAUUUCAUCAAGGGACUUUCCUAACCGUCGCUCUCUCAGUGGGAGGGACUUAUCAUCUGGGGAGCUUCAACAACAACAUGUUGCUGACGAGGCAGAGAAGAGUGUCUCCCAAUCAGAACACCUCAAACACCAGCACAGACGUACAGGGAAGAAAUCUCACCACAGCUGCUCUGACUGUGGGAAGAGUUUCACUACACGAAGAUCCUUCAUAACUCACCUGCGUAUUCACACCGGAGAGAAGCCUUAUCACUGUUAUCAGUGUGGGAAGAGCUUCAAUCAGUCAGGCAACCUGACAGCACACCAGGUAACACACACUGGAGAGAAGCCUUACAGCUGUGAUCAGUGUGGGAAGAGUUUUGCUGUAUCAGGACACCUGAAUAGACACCAGCUAACACACACUGGAGAGAAGCCUUAUAGCUGUGGUCAGUGUGGAAAGAGCUUCAAUCAGUCAGGCAACCUGACAGCACACCAGCUAACACAUACUGGAGUGAAGCCUUAUAGCUGUGAUCAGUGUGGGAAGAGCUUUGCUCGGUCUCGAGAGCUGACAACACACCAGGUAACACACACUGGAGUGAAGCCUUAUAGCUGUGAUCAGUGUGGGAAGAGCUUUGCUCAAGAUUCCAACCUAACUAGACACCAGGUAACGCAUACAGGAGAAAAGCCUUACAGCUGUGAUCAAUGUGGGAAGAGCUUUGCUCAAGCUUCCAACCUAACUACACACCAGCGAACACACACAGGAGAAAAGCCUUAUAGCUGCGAUCAGUGUGGAAAGAGCUUUGCUACAUAUAACACCUUCAAAUAUCAUCUGAGAAUUUAUGAAGGGGAGAAGCCUUACCCCUGCCUUGAUUGUGGGAAAAACUUUGCUAGUGCAGGAGCCCUAACCAUACACCAGCGUGUACACACAGGAGAGAAGCCUUAUAGCUGUGAUCAGUGUGGGAAGAGCUUUGCUGUAGCUUCCACCCUGAUUAUACACCAGCGCAUACACACUGGAGAGAAGCCUUAUAGCUGUGAUCAGUGUGGAAAGAGCUUUGCUGUGGUUUCCACCUUGAAUAAACACUAUCGCAUACACACUGGAGAGAGAACUUAUGUCUGUCUAUGUGGAAAGAACUUUGCUCGAGCUUCCACCCUGAUUAUACACCAGCGAACACACACUGGAGAGAAGCCUUAUAGUUGUGAUCAGUGUGGAAAGAGCUUUGCUGAGUCAGGGACCCUGAAUUCACACCAGCGAACACACACUAGAGAGAAACCCUAUGUCUGUCUAUGUGGAGAGAGCUUUACUCAUUUAGGGAAUAUUAGAAAACACCAGAAAGCAAAAAUGUGCCAUAUUUCAACUCCCUCCUAUUUGACACCAUUUCCAGAUCCCUAAAUAAAGGAUCAAUAGAAAACAUCUAGUGAACAGUCAUAUCCAUCUCCCAUUCUUAAACAGUUGACUUAGUCUGAUCACCAUGGUAACCUCUGUGCAGCAUAAUAUGCAGCUCUGAUCUAGGAUCAGGUCUCCCCUGUGUCUAUGUAAUAUCACACAUUGAUCUAAAUGGAUAAAUGUUAUCAUUGGAAAUGUCAUAGUGAACCUGUGGGGGGAUGUCGAUAAUUAUCUUCUUUCAUGUACUCAUGAUAAUACUAUUAUUAUUAAAUGUCAUUAUGUAGAAUAAUGUUUCAACAAUAGGUGUAUAUUCAUGUAUUCAAUUAAUCAAUACAUUCAAUCCAAUUAUCUUCUAAACCAGAAGUUAUCACUUAAAUGGUGUAUUUUAUAAAUCUAUAUUGAUUAAAAUGAUCCUAAAUCUAAUCCAUGAUAUAUUGGAUAAUUAUUUCCAUGAGUUCAAGGCAAGAUCUAUGUAUACUGUGUCUUGUAUCAACGGUUAAUGUAAUAACUUUUAAAUUUAUAAUGUAAUAAAACUGGUAAAUGUAACAUCUUGUUGGUUAAUAUGAUAAAAUGUUGUCUAAUAACCUUUUCCACUUAAUGUAAUAAGUUAUUGGUAUCAGGUUACAACUUUUUAAAAUUAAUAACGUAAUAACUUACUUGUAAUAACACCUAAACCAAUGUUUAAUGUUUACUUCACCAAUGUUAAUGCACAUACCACCCUCCACCAAUUUCAAACCCACACACACAAACCUAUGCCCUUGUACUCUAACACGAACAAGCACGCAGUUAUAGACACAUACAUUGAAAAAAUGUAAUAAUAAUAAUAACAAUUCAUCUGUAGUUCUUAUAGUCAAUGAGACAGGGGGCUCGGUCGGGCAAGAGAAAGGAGGAUUGGGAAUCUGCAAAUAACAAUAAGCUGAACUCUGUCUAGCAGAAACAUCUUUGUAUUAGCAACUAUUAAUAAUUAGUUUAUAUUGUGUUAAAGUUAAGAGAUGUCACCCUGGGCGGGGUGAACCAUAGUAGGGGAUAUAAAGAGAAAACACCAUCUUGAGAACUGAGUGUCUUGUUUGUAAAUUGCUGUAAGUGUAAACUCCGGGUUGCAAACUAUAUUAAACAAACUAACCUCUGAUCAAA